AUGGGCUUAAGGAGUGAGUUUUUGAGGCUAAGUAGUAUUCGGGAAGUCAUAAAAACUGAACUAUCUUCUCUAUUAGACUCUCUUGACUCCGGUGCUAAGUCCACAAAGGUUUUAUAUAUCUCUCCUCAUCUUUUAUCAACAUUUGAGGCGAUUGGCGUGUCUAAAGAGCUUUUUUCAAAAGACCAUGGUGUGAUAGGUGCAUUUCCUUAUGAGGCAGAGAUCGUUCUUGCGUCUGCACAGCAUGCUGUUUUUAUUAUGAAUCCUGAUUUAGAAAACAUUCGGUCAUUGGUUGUAAAUGUCCUCACCUAUGCACAAAAGCACGCUAAGACAUCAAUAUCUGUUUUUUUUGUCCCGCGUAAGCCCCUCAUUAUUGAGCACAUUCUUGGAAAGGAAUAUCAACUUUUGCGUUCCUUGCCCGGAUUGAGAUUAGGAGAAUUUGAUUUUGACCUGAUACCAUUGGAGGAUGACCUUCUUUCCAUGCAACAACCUUUGGCCUUGAAGCAUUUAAUUGCUGAUGGGGAUAUUACAGUGCUUCAAUGGAUUGCAAGAAUGUUACUGAAGCUUCAAACAUCUCAUUUUGGGGCAAUUUCUUUGAUUAGAGGUAAAGGAACCAGAGCGGCAAAGGUGGUACAAAUGCUUGGUCGUAUGCAGAGUGAAAUGGGAUCUGAAUUCCUGACAGGUCUUACUCCUGAGAUUGAUUCAUUGUUCAUUUUGGAUAGGGCGCUGGAUUUGUUAACUCCGCUACUAACUCAAUUAACAUAUGAAGGACUUAUCGAUGAAUUUUAUAAUAUCGAUUCUGGUUAUGUAAGUUUUCCAUUUAAUUUGGGUGAGGGUGCAAAAAUUGAAACAGGGCAUCGAGUUUUUUUGAAUCACACCGAUAAAAUUUAUGGAGAAAUUCGUGAUAAGAAUUUUACAAACGUUGGUUCCACUCUUUACAAUAAGUCCGUUUGGAUAAAAAAGAGCUACGAACGUCGAAAAGAAGUACAACAACUCAAAGAGCUAAAGGAAUUUAUGAAGGGAUUACCCGAAAUGCAGGAAAUGCACCGUUUAAUAGGUAUACAUACUGCCGUAGCAACUGAGAUAGGAAAAAGAACACAAAGUAUUGAGUUUCGAAGACGGAUAGCUAUGGAACAGAGUAUUAUUCAACAGGUGAAUGAGCGUGAAGUAAUAGAUUAUAUAGAGGAACUUAUUAAUAAGACUGCAUCUAUUACAGAUGUUUUGCGACUUAUUUCCAUGUUUUCCAUUGUAAAUGGAGGACUUAAAAGCAAAACAUACGAUUUCUUUAGGGAGAAUAUAAUGUUGUCUUAUGGAAUUCCACAGGGUUUAGCAGCAUUUUUGGCCUUGGAGCGUAGUGGCUUGAUCACAAAACAUGACGGCAAACAACUCAACUUUUCUGCUAUUCGCAAACAUCUUAAAUUAUGGUACGAUGCAUUACAAGAACAGCAACCAAAUGACAUAGCCUACGCAUACAGCGGGUAUGCAUCUUUGACUGUGCGUCUUUUAGAGAAUAUGAUUAGCUAUCCUGAGCUUUGGAAUACACCAACGGAUGUUACGGAAUUGAUUCCGGGUGAAAAGGCCGAAAUUCGUAAUGAGGUUGAAACGCCAGGGGGUACACCAAUAACGAUGGUAUUUAUUAUUGGGGGUAUCACAUAUGCUGAAAUUAGCGCCUUGCGUUAUCUACAGGAGAAAUUAGCUGACGCUGGUAAAGCAAGGCGCAUUUUAAUAGCAUCGACUAACAUAACGAACGGCGGACAGAUGAUAGGUUCUUUGUUACCCUUUUUUACGCCGAUGUAA